GAGACGCGUGGCAAGCCUCGACGCAUUCGACGCCGACCGUCGAGUCCCCUCGCCGCCGCCAAAAACCACACGAUGCGCCUGCUCGUCGCCCUCGCGGCCGCAGCCCUGUCGUCGGCGUUCGUCGUCGACGACCUGAACCCGGACAACUACGUCCCGAUAACGUCGCACAACAAGGCCAUCCUCAAGGCCGUGAUCCGCUUCAUGGUCGACGGCGACGAGAACGAGGUGCUCGACAACACGUGGCGGAAGCUGUCGCGGGAGAUGAAGAAGAAGUGGCAGCUCCUCAUCGGGACCGUGUGGUGCGGCGGGAAGGGCCAGCCGAUCUGCGAGUACAUGGGCAUCACGGGCACGACGAUCGCCUGGGGCGACCCCUGGGACCUCAAGCCCCUGCCGGAGCGGUUCGAGGGCCGGGCGGGCUACAAGUACGUCCGCGCGUUGAUCGAUGAAGAAAUCCAGCCCUUCUGCGCGACGGAGCACGAGGAGUGGUGCAGCGACGAGAUGCUCGAGUACAAGAAGGUGCUCGAGGGGAAGAGCGACGAGGAGCUCGACAAGCUGAUCGCCUUCCAGACGACGGACGUGCAGCUCAUGAGCAAGGUCUACAAUUCGGAGUACCAGGGGAAGCAGAGCGACCUGCUGCGGAAGGAGGAGGCGCUCGGCCAGGCCUACCAGGACCUCGUGAUCCCCGCGCGCGCGCGGCUCGCGCUCAUGAAGGAGAUCCUCGAGGUCAAGAGCGAGCGCAGCGCGGCGAUCUAGGGGCCGACGGCCGCGGCGACGGACGCGCGGUCGAUUCGUCGACGGCUCCGGGCCGCCGCGGCGACGGCGCGCGCUCGGGAAUAAAACGCGGCGAUUU